UACAUGGAUUUAUUCCUGAGUUGAGUUUAUGAAUGCUAACAUACUGUUUUCAGCUUUUACAACCUGUAUAUUCUAUAAGCAGUGUUCCUUUCAAACUACCUGGAGUUUUUUCCACCCCACAAAACUUAACAGACACAAGCUGGACAGGUAUGUUUAAGUUGUGUCACCUCACUAUAUUAGUCAUUCUUGCUCCUCACUUUAGGUUUAGUAUUGUGUCAAUUGUUGCCAAUCUGCCAUAGUUGCAAUUUCUGUGAGGUCUGUUAGGAAUUUUGUUCAAGGUGAUGAAAUGUCCACUCCAAUAAAAACAAACUUAAUCCUCAAUAUUUUAGUUUUAACAAUCUCAUUAUGUAGUAAUUAGCUAAUUUAUGUUCUAACAAUCUCAAUUUGAACUUUGCAGAUGGCAUCAGGUGAUAAAAAUGAGCGACAUCAGAGUAGUAGUUCGCGUGGGAAGAGUACCACUAAGAGUAAGGGUGGGAAGAGUACUACCAAGAGUCGAGGGAAAUCAACCGUGUUUACAUCAAGUCCAUCUCAUUAUACAAUUCCACCAUUGCAUCCGCCUUCACAUGGCCCGUCAUCAAAGAGUAAAGGGGAAUUAACCGUGUCUACACUGAGUCCAUCUCUUUCUUCCAUUCCACCAUUGCAUCCUCCUUCACAGGGGCCGUCAUCAUUUUCACAUUCCUUUUAUGGUACUAUGCCUCCCCAGGGAUAUAGCUCGAUGCCUCCCCCGGGCUAUAGCUCUAUGCCUCCCCUGGUCUAUAGCUCGAUGCCUCCACAGGGCUAUAGCUCAAUGCCAACACAGGGCUAUUCCGGAAUUUCAACUACUGCCCCUUUCUUCAAUAUGCCUCCCCCGGGAUGUUCCUCGAUGCCUUCCUCUUAUGUACCUUCACCUGGCAUGCAUUCAGCUUACCUCGCUGCCAUGGAACGACGUCCAUCUCCAGAGACUCCCUCGUCAGAGGCCACUCGAUCAGCCAGUCCAUGCCUUUCUAGGCUAAAUAUUGGAUCGAGCAAUUCUGAGGCAUCUCCUAGCCAACCUUCGACGCCGUCUUCAGUUGAUGGUCCAGAUCUUCCAUCACCUGGAAAGUCAGAUCAUCUACGGAGGGUGCGCAUCAUCGCUGAUGGAGAAGGGUUUUAUCCUUCUAGGCCAGUUGCAAAUGCAAUCUCAAUAGCAGUCCAGAAAGUUUAUAGCGGUGCCUUCGCGACGUGGGGUGAAGUUCCAUGUCAUACGCAACAGGCAAUCCUUAACGAGUUUAUGAAAAAGUGUACGUGGAACCCUGUCGAGGAUAAUGUUAUUAGAAGCAAUUUUACAAAGAAGGCGAGUUCUCGGUUGUCAAAUAUUUUUUCUGAAGCUAGAAAUAAGGGUCAAAAGCCUGGCUGGCUUGGGACAGAUUACUGGGAGGAGCUUAAUAAAUACUGGGCUACGCCAUAGUUUCAAAAGAAGAGCGCCCAGACAAAGGCAGCUCGAAAGUCUAAGAAGGGUGGCUCAUUGCACACUUGUGGUUCAGUGUCCAUGGGGACGGCUCGGAGGAAAUUGAAAGUUUCUCUUGGUAGACCACCCACUCGACAUGAGCUAUGGAAGAAGACCCAUAUGAAAAUCGAAGAUGGAAAAGAAGUUUGGGUUGAGCCACGGGCAGAGGAUACCUAUAAUCGGUAUAAUCAAGCGAUGGAGGAUCUCAUUAGGAUUCAGCCGACCGAUGAUCAAGGCAAUCCAAUCACGCCAUCAGAGGAACAAACUAUCUCCUAUUGGUUAGACGUGGUUGGUGGUGUAAAUAAGGGAAGAGCGUAUGGCCUUUGCUCCGAGAAGAACUUUCACCGCAUCCAAUGUGGAUUGCAAGGUAUAGGGAGUUCUGCCACUGUGUCAAAUGAGCAGCUCGAGGAGAUACGAGACGAGCUUCGGGAACUUGCUAUGAAAUAUGAGGAGGAGCAGAAUAAAAGGUUGAAGGAGGAGCGACGUAGGAUAGUGCUUGCGUCAGACGUCAAAGAACUCAAGGCCCAAGUGUGUCACCUCAUCAAAUUUCCCUGUUCUCCACCCCCGAGCCCCGAUCAUGAUGAUGGAGAGGAUGUAGAGGAUGAGGAGGAUCAAGAGCAUGGAGAUGAUGAGGAUCAGAAGAAUAGAGAGUAUGGAGAGACUGAAAUGGAGUAUUAGGGGUCAGUUGUUAUUUUUGUUUGUCCAUUUGGUGAACAGAUGCUAUGUGUGCCAAAAAGAGUCAGAGUCAGUUAAUAUAUUUUUUUGCAUUGCCCUGUUGCAGCAGAUCUCUAGCACAUGUUUACAACAAUUUUUGGAAUCAGUUGGACAAUCCCAUAUAGCUUAAAAGGAGCAGUUGAAAGUUGGAGCUUAUGGAAAGUGAACAAAACCAUCAACAAGAUCUGGUAAAUGAUACCUGCAUGUAUUUUUUGGUGUUUAUGGACAUAGAGGAACAACAGAUGCUUUGAUGGGACUUUAACUCCUAAUUGUUCUCUAAAAUCAAAGUGUUUAGUUAACCUUUUUAGUUGGAGCAAUCUAUCCCCUGUGAAUGAUGUUAUUCCCCUUUUAGAUUUCAUUGGCUCCCACUCAGUGGCUUAGCAGCCUUGAGUCUUUUGCUCAUGGUCUUAAACUCCCAACUCUUACUAGUUUUCUUUUGCAGUGUCUGGAGUUUUUAGCCUUUUCUUUGUAAAGUUUUCAUCUGCUUGAUGCUUUUGAAUAUGAAUAUAACAACUUAGUUCACCAA